AUGUUUUUAACGCGUUCAGAAUAUGACCGUGGUGUCAACACUUUUUCUCCGGAAGGACGGUUGUUCCAAGUCGAAUAUGCUAUUGAAGCUAUCAAGUUGGGCUCAACAACAGUUGGUGUCCGAACAGACGAAGGCGUUGUUCUCGGUGUCGAAAAACGUGUCCAAUCACCACUUAUCGAGUCAAGCUCCAUCGAAAAGAUCAUGGAAAUUGACGCUCACCUUGGUUGUGCAAUGUCUGGCCUAACGGCCGACGCACGGACGAUGAUCGACCAUGCUCGAGUGACCGCACAAAACCACUCAUUCACGUACGACGAGAAGAUCAAAGUGGAGAGCGUUACUCAGGCAGUUUGUGAUCUGGCGCUGCGGUUUGGAGAGAGUGUACACGAUGAGGAUGCUAUGAUGAGUAGACCGUUUGGCGUGGCGCUGCUGAUUGCUGGGAUCGAUGAACUGGGCCCACAAUUAUACCACACAGAUCCUUCUGGCACUUUUGUUCGCUAUCAGGCAAAAGCGAUCGGAUCCGGGUCAGAAGCAGCCCAGGCAGAGCUCCAGGAUAAGUGGCACUCGAAAAUGACUCUGCGAGAAGCUCAAUUACUAACUCUACGUAUACUGAAACAAGUGAUGGAAGAAAAACUCGAUCGUCACAAUGUACAACUGGCUCAAGUCACGAAAGCAAAUGGUUUUGAGAUCUUAGAUGAAGUGAGUCUGACCGCGGUUAUUGAUCAAAUGUAA